AUGCUCUUCAACCUCCCCAAAAAGUUUGAAAUUCUACCAGAUCCCCAGUACAUCCAACCAGUCCCUUCUAUUAUGGCAUAUCAAAGUCUUAACCCAGCAUUCCAGGCUACUCUACAUUUUGAAAACUACCAGUUUGGAAAAGUCAAUCGGGCCUUUCGUAAAUGCAAUUCGGUUGGCGGCAAAGGUCAAAACUUUGCUAUUGCAUGCGCUCAGUAUGGUGAAAGUGACAAGGUGAGUGUGAUACAGUUUGUUGGCGGAAUGACCGGUCGGUAUAUUCAAGCGUUUCAAGAGGAGAAUAAUAUUAGUCAUAUUAGCAUUAAUACACAGAAAGCUACUCGUACAUGCACUACGAUUUUGGACGAACGAACCGGAGAAAUGACCCAACUUAUAGAACCUGCUGCGCGAGUUGAAGCAGCACAAAGUGUACAAUUAGAGAAACUGGGACCUUGCCUCCUGGAUUGACUGGAUCUACAUAUACAUUGAUUGCACAAUUAAAACCGCCUGGAGUCGUGUUGCUUCUUGAUGCGUACCAAUUCCCAGAUUGUUUACUUACAGGGAAUGUAGAUAUUCUUAAAAUCAAUGCAGAAGAGUCACGAUUGUUGGCAUCAAUGGGUGAGGAUGCAGACUUGAUUGAAGUGGGUAAAAAGCUACAUUCAAUGUACCGAGUCAGAUUUAUUGCAGUUACAAACGGACCUGACCAAGCGUGCUUGUUUGAGUCGGUUACACUAGCUCACCAAGAUGGGCCACGUAUGCUGAAUAUAACGACAUAUGUGAUUCCACCUGUUUUGACUGUGCUGAGUGAGAUGGAAGACAUUGAGUCACUACCAUCAUCGCCACGCUCAUAUGCACUUCCAGAAGCCACAGGAGAGCCCAGUGUCAUGCAUACAGUUCUCAAAACUCAAAAUCAUUCAGGAUCUAGUUUCACGUCGUUUAGUUGUAAUAGACAGGCAAAUAUCAAUGGAUGCAAUGGUGGGAUCAAUGGAACACGUGAAAUUGUAAUCAAUCCACUUGGAGCAGGUGAUACAUGUAGUUCGAUUUUUACAUUGGAAUACCUGGAUACUUUGGAUGCAGUGAGCUCAUUUCAGCAUGGACUAGCAGCAGCAUCCGCAUCAUGUCUAAUGGUGGAUUAUACAUCGUAUUUUGAUGUGAAGAUUCAAAAUGCAAUUUACGAGCGGAUUGUCCGCAAUACGACGAAUACUCCGCUGUUGUUUGAUAUCAUGACAGACCAGCUGGUUGCUGAUCAGGAUGUUAUGCUUGAUGAGAAUGAUUCUACAGGAGAAGGACAACUCGACUUUAUGGAAAUUGAUCGUUUGCAAGAUGUGGGUAUCAAUCAAGCUGAUAUCGCCAAGCUCAAGACUCAGGGUAUUACUACCAUCAGAGGAAUCCAAAUGGCAACGAGUAGAAACCUUCUCAAAGUAAAAGGGUUUAGUGAGAUCAAGGUUGAAAAAAUCAAGGAUGCUGCAUCCAAGUUGAUUGCCAAUGGGUUUAUCACUGGCACUGAGCUUGCUGUAAGACGCAAGUCUGUGCUACGUAUCACUACAGGGUCUGUGCAGUUUGAUCACUUAUUAGGCGGUGGAGUUCAAUCCAUGAGUAUCACCGAGGCAUUUGGCGAAUUUCGUACUGGCAAGACUCAAUUAGCACAUACACUUAUAAACGAUCCCAAACCGAUUUGA